CUGGAAGAUGAAGUCCGUCCGUGUUGACGAAGGUGGGUGGAGGAGGGAGCCCACAUAGCGAUCUCUUUACUAGAGGAGCUGCGGCGUUUCUGCUCCUAACUGUCUGCUCACGCUAUGUUGCCCCACCGGUUGGCCUCCUGACACCGAGCGGGACGUGAAGAAAGCGGGAUAACAUAAGCUUACGUGACAGAGUUAUGGACGCUAAUCGAGAUUUGUGGAGCUCUGCGGCUUGUUGAAACAUUUGAGACUCCCUCCAGCUGCUGCUAGCAUUAGCUGCUGAAAACAAACAGCUGCCCGGAAGGAGGCCGCCGCGGCGCCGGGUUGGGAUUUAACUUUCCUCGCCCCGACAUUCCUGCCGAUUCCACACAAAGCCAACCGCGAAGGGGUAUUUAUGUGUUCCGGGUAAGAAUGGAGUCCACUUUGGGGAUAUCCAACGAGGAAUGCUUGGCAACUGUGAAAGGUCAAGAGCUGAGGUCUGGUCAGAAGGAGCCCAGACUGCUGUCUCUAAUUGAACGCAAUGGAGAGUUUAUAUUGGGAGUUUUGGCCACUCCUGAUGCUGUCGUGUCUCGACCAGUGGCCCAGUUAUCCAUACCUGUGAACCAGAAAUUUGAAAUUAUACGAGAAGCUGAAGAGGCUCUCCUGAUUAACUUUUCUGACGAUUCGAGUUUUACAAUACGAAUCAGAGGAGAAAAGCCUCCAGAGCUGAUGCUGGAGCUGCAGGACGAUGAGCGGACCCAGACGUUUUUAACCCAGGUGAAAAGCGCUCAAGAGCAAGUUGCGUCCAAACUAAGUAAACCCAAAGUGAUGGAGCCGCUCACUCCAGCGGCGUAUCGAGGUCCGGUUCCGGUUCCACCACAACGGGCCAUAAAGACCGCCAACAGCAGCGGAGACCACCAGACCAGAACUUGCAUAGCGCCGGUCUCCAACCUCAACAAUGCAGCAGGAAAUCAUAACGCCUCCGAAUAUGGAUUUGGGGAGGGCUUGAAGAACCCUGUUAAAGUGGAGGAGAAGAAGAACCAGCAGAAUCGGAUCGUCGCGUCCAGAGAGCCGCCUCCUGUUCCCACUCUGCCUCCCCGAAAAGCCUCCUUCCCUCCCACCAAUCCUCUUCCUCCGCCUCCAGUCCCAAAAGACUCGGCUGCAGCCUUUCAGGGCCGAGGCACCGCUCUCAUACCGAACACCAAACCAGAUAGUUACAGGCCGACUGAUUACACGGACAGGCCGACGUCCUGGUGCGACAGUCCGACUACCAACAGCAUGCGGCAGGCCAUGCUGUCCAGCGAGGCCGGGCAGAGAGAGUACCUCAUUAAACACCGCCUGGGCAAGAAGGAGAAGGAGUAUGUGGACAUCCAGCCCUUCAGUUUCUUCAUCGGAACGUGGAACGUGAACGGCCAGUCCCCAGACAGCAGCCUGGAGCCCUGGCUCUGCUGCGACCCCGACCCUCCUGACAUUUACGCCGUUGGUUUUCAGGAGUUGGACCUGAGCACUGAGGCGUUUUUCUACCUGGACUCGUCCAAAGAGCAGGUCUGGGUCGAAGCUGUGGAGAGGAGCCUGAACAGAAAAGGCGACUACAAAAGGAUCCGGGUGAUCCGACUUGUUGGGAUGAUGCUCGUGGUCUUUGUCAAGAAGAAACACAAGAAGCACAUCAAGGAAUUGGCUGCAGAGCACGUCGGGACGGGAAUCAUGGGAAAAAUGGGGAACAAAGGAGGCGUCGCUAUCAGGUUUGUUUUCCACAACACCAGCUUCUGCAUCGUCAACUGCCACCUGGCGGCUCACGCUGAAGACUUUGAGCGCCGCAAUCAGGACUACAGAGACAUCUGUGCCCGAAUGACCUUUCACCUCCUGGACUACCCGCCGCUGAGCAUCGUCAAACACGAUGUGGUGAUCUGGCUUGGAGACCUGAACUACCGCCUCUUCCUGUACGAAGCAGCAGAAGUCAAACGUCUCAUUGCUGAGAACGCGCUAAAGAAGCUGCAGGAGAACGACCAGCUGAACAUUCAGAGGCAAACCAAAAAAGCCUUCGUCGACUUCAUAGAGGGAGAUAUCAACUUCGUUCCCACAUACAAGUACGACACCAAAACGGAUCGAUGGGACUCCAGCGGGAAGUGCAGAAUCCCCGCCUGGUGCGAUAGGAUUCUGUGGCGGGGCAGCAACGUCCAGCAGCUCAAAUACCGAAGCCACAUGGAGAUGAAAACCAGCGACCACAAGCCGGUCAGCUCGCUCUUCAAAAUCGGGGUGAAAGUCGUGGAUGAGCAGCGCCAGAAAAGAGUGUUUGAAGACAUCGUUCGCGCCAUGGACCGAAUGGAGAACGACUGCCUUCCUUCUGUGUCUCUCAGCAGGAUAGAUUUUACGUUUAAGGACGUUAAGUUCAGGCAGCUGCAGAAGGAGCGCUUCCUGAUCAAAAACGACGGCCAGGUACCGUGUCACUUUGCCUUCAUCCCCAAACCAAACGACCCAAACUAUUGCAAGCCGUGGCUGCGGGCCGAACCCAGCGACGGAUUCUUAGAGCCAAGUGAGACCCUGGAAAUCUACCUGGAGGUUUAUGUAAGUAAAGACUCAGUUACCCUGCUAAACUCUGGACAGGACUCGAUUUAUGAUAUCCUGGUGCUCCAUUUGGACCGCGGCAAAGACUACUUCAUCACCAUCUCUGGGAACUACCUGUCCAGCUGCUUCGGCACAUCACUGGAGACUCUGUGCCGCAUCAGGAAGCCGGUCAGAGAGGUCGCCAACCUCAUCGACCUGGGAGAGGACAGCGGGACAGAAAAGGAAAAGUCUAUGGUGAAUUUGAUGUUUGCGGAUGGAGGAAGUUCUGACGACGUCCCUCUGAAAAUCCCCAAAGAGGUUUGGAUCCUGGUCAACCACCUCUUCACCAAGUCCUGCGAUCAGGAGGAUUUAUUCCAGACUCCAGGCCUGCAGGAGGAGCUCCAGAGCAUCAUUGACUGCCUGGACACCAGCAUCCCAGAGUCGCUACCUGGUUGUAACCACUCCGUAGCCGAAGCUCUGCUGAUCUUCCUGGAGGCCUUGCCGGAACCGGUGGUUUGCUACGAACUCUACCAACGGUGCCUUGACAGCUCCCACGACAGCCGUCUCUGCAAGCAGCUGGUCUCCCAGCUCUCCCGGCCGCAUCGGAACGUGUUUCGAUACCUGAUGUCUUUCCUGAAGGAACUGCUGAAGCACUCGAACAACAACAACCUAACAGCAAACCUCAUCGCUACACUCUUCGCCAGCCUCCUCAUCCGACCGCCGCCCAACAUGGUCAGCAGGCAGUCGGGUCAGGACCGACAGAAAGCCAUCAACUUCAUCCUGGGGUUCCUCAUGUCUGCAGACGACGACUAACCAACGACGGACCGACCCGCCGGGUCGCCGACCCGCUUUCUGUUUCACCGAACCGCUCACCAACUCGGCCGUCACUUCGUCACUUUGACCUCAGCAGGCGUCGCAUUUUCAAUGUGGGAAGAGUUUGAACUGUCGCACUUUUUAACGACUUAAAGGACGGAGACCGGACCUCGCUGUCGGCUGACUCUUUACGGGAAGACACUCAUGCCAAAAAACAGUGAGCGGAAAAACUGUGGAAACACUAUCCAGAGAGACCCACGCUAAACGCGGAAGUGCUAUUUCCAGGAGUGGCAGUAAAUAAUACUGUUGAUCAUUUAGUCUGAAAUGUAGGGGAGAAGAUUAGGGCCACCACUAAAAAGGUAAAAUUCAAAUUAUUAACUCAGAAUUUUGACUUUUCUUUUUUUUAAUCCUGACUUUCUUUCAGAAAUUUUUUCAGGAUUCAUUUUAUUUUUUUCUCUCAGAAUUCUGAUUUUUUCUUCAUAGAAUUCUGACUUUAAUGUCUGAAUUCUUUUUUCUGAGAAUUAUUUUCAGAAUUAUUUUGACUUUUUUUCCUCAGAAUUCUGACUUUAAACUCAGAAUUAUAAUUUGGUCAGUUUAUGUCAAUAUCCACAUAAAUUAAGUCAAUUAUUUUGUUAGGAUAUAAAAAUGAUCACAUAACUUUUUCUUCCUAUAUUAUAAGUUGUUAUAAGUUUUGUAAACCUUCAUUCUCUGAAAUACUGCCUCAAAAUUAUUUGGUAGAUUUGCAUUUUAUAAUUAGAUUUGCCUAGUGGUGCAUUUAUUCAAUUCUGAUUCUGAGAAAAAAGGCAGAUUUUUUUUUUUAAUGGCCCUAAUCUUCUUCCGUAGUAAUGGGAUAAGUAUAGUAUUUAGUUACUGCGAAUGUUUAUGCUUAAGUAACGACAAUCAUUUGUUGCUGCAUUUUAGCUGAGGAGACAAUAGAAUUUAUUAGCUAACACAUCAGUUGGUUGUAUUUUAACUGUUAUUUAUAUUUUUUUUUCUCCUGCAUUUGCAACGUUUGUGUUUUUUUUUCUUUUUACUGCAGUUUGGUAUACUUUUGCAGUUUGGUAUACUUUUGUACCAGUACUAUGAACAACAACCUGAUUGAAGUUGGCCGCAGACAUUCUUCAAAUUGGUGUCGAACGUUUGUGCAAAACAUUUUGUGCUGCUAUAAUUUUGAAGAUAUUAAUAUGUUUCCAGAGGUCGUCAAAGGUCAAACAGCCAGUCUACAUUUACAAAAACAAACAAAAUAUGGCAUCAAUCAACUUUGCUACUUUUGUGCAGCAAUUUUUUUUGUGCCGUUAAAUUUUUUUUUCUACAGAUCAGACAUUAAUAAAACCAAACAAAGAUUAUGUAAUUUUUUUUUGUAUAUGUGUCGCUAAACAUUUUUAAGCACAGUUGAUUUACACACAAUUUGCUGUUUUGUAAACGGAGGUUGACCUUUCGAAAAAUUUAUUGCUAUCUUUAAAAUUAUAGCGGCACAAACAAAGAUUUUUUUCUGCACCAAGGCUUGACAGCAAUUUAAUUUAAUUUCAACUUCACUCAGGUCGACGAACACCGUAUUUUUGUCAUGUUUUUCCCUCCGUACAUUCAGUUCUGUCAGCCUUACAGAACAAACUUAUCACACUAAACCUCCUGGCCGAGUGUAGAGCCGCCCUCCGAGGGUUUUGACGUCUUGAUGUAAAUAUGAACGUUUUGUGUUUCAUGACUGUCCGGUGGUGAGAUUCUGUGACGUUGUCUCCUGUCAGCCAUUACAGUGGUACCGUUUAUAUCUGUGUUUGUUUACAUGUCCUCCCACAUGUCUCAUAUCGCAGCUGUAUCGAGUGUUUGCUGAGUAAAAGCUCCUUUAAGUGCUGAAGUGUUUUCUGGGAGCAGAUGUACCAAGAUUGAAGCCCUCAUUUAUCUACGGUUUUGUACUCCGAACCCAGCUGUGCCACUGAAGAUGCUAUUUUUUCGAUUCCAACUCUUGCAAAACAUGUGGUUGUAGAAAUAAGGAACUUUUCCCCCCCCUCAGUCUGUUGAAUGUUUCCUCUUUAAUGGUUUCUCUCGACAAACGUCAGCUUUAGUUUUCACAAUCAUGACACUGAUUUCCUCCGAUCAGCAUCUUGAGUAACUGAUGUCUGGAAAACCCAAAUACAGAAAAGCGGUAAAUAUUAAGCUACAGAGACGAUAAGAACACCACAUAUCUUUAGGAUGAAAACCAUAAAUCAAACAUUGAUGUGAGUUUUGCCAAAUGGUUGCUUUUGCUUGGGGAAACUGUUUACCUUUUCAGUAGAAAGACAAACUGUCAUCAUUAGCAAGAAACGUGAUUGAACAGUUUUAAAGUUUGGAUUUAAAACGUCAUCUGACAUCUUUUUUUGUUUCAUAAAUUUAAGGUACAUUUACAGCGACUUUAAUGUUUUUGGGUACUUUUUAAUUUAUUUAAGAUGAAUAAAACUAGAUGAAAUGCCAUUGUCAUGUUUUCAACUUAUUUUUGUUGUAACCCAGCCUGGUAAAAAAUAAAUAAAAAAUACAACCAGCC